AUGUCGAUAGACCAUACUCUUGUGAACGAGCGCAUCACAGCUACUGGACGGAUGGCGCGGCACCUCAACUGGGGAGCUUAUUAUGCCCUCACGCAGACUUAUCUGAAACUAUUUAGCGCCAAGGAUGAGUCUGAGCGGGUAUACGUCCACGCGCUCAUAGCUAUCCUGGACAAUUUCCAUUUCCAGAUGGAAGAGGUUGUCCCUGACACAGCUGAGGAGUCGGAGAGGGGAGGAGACAAUGAGGACACCGCUGUCGAUGAGGAAACCGAAUCCACAUCGGUCAAGGUCAAGGACCAAAUGAUCUCACGCAUUGCAGAUGCGGUCAACCAUCGGCUGGUCCCAAGGCUCCUGCAACACUUAGAGAAGCGUGAUGAAACUGAGGACACUCUGAGGAUAGCGAUUGCCGUGGGUAUCAUCCAGGUCGUGAAGCAUUUACCCCGGGAGACCCGCGAGCCACAGAUAGCUAGGCUACUGACCGUCCUAAGUCAAAUCUUCCGCAGCAAGUCUCAAGAGACGAGAGACCUCACUAGGGAGACCCUAUGUCGUAUCGCCGUGAUUUUGGGGCCAUCUUACUUGCCAACGGCUAUCAAGGAGCUACGAGCCGCCUUGCUACGAGGCCCGCAACUUCACAUUUUCGAAUCAGGCUUCCACAGCAGGAUAGCAGGUCCCGCAUGUUCCGACCCCAGUCGGCAAUGGGAAUAG